AUGAAGAUCGGUUUCUGGAAUGUGAGGGGCUUUAACCGGCCCCUCAAACACAAUGGGGUCGCCCACCUCAUUAACAAUAACCGGCUUUGUCUCUUGGGCAUUUUAGAGACAAAGCUUACAGCUUCAUCUAUCCAGAAGAUUCUCAGUCGCUCACUUCCGGGGUGGUGCCAAGCCAAAACCUUUGACACCAUCGCCGGCGGACGUAUCCUUGUGGUUUGUGAUCCGGCAAUCAUUGACAUACAUCCGGUGGAUAUUUCGCCCCAACUUGGAGUGGCCCCAACUUGGUAUGAGCUUAAGGAUUUUGUGGACUGCUGUACAACGCUUGGAUUACAUGACGUUCCCACUACCGGCUGCUACUACACUUGGUAUUCCAACAAUGAAAGCAACCCCGUAUGGUGCAAGCUCGACCAGGUCCUUUACAACAAUGAAUGGCUUGAGGGCGGUUUGCAUUGCAGUGCCCAUUUCAAUCCAUCGGGAUGCCUCUCCGACCAUUCUCUGGGUAUUAUUUCUAUUUUUGAUCCUGCACCAACUAAGCCAAAACCGUUUCGCUUUUUCAAUAUGUGGGCAGAUCAUCCGGAUUUCCUAGCUACUGUCGAAGCUAGAUGGAAUUUGAGCGUGGAUGGAACGUCGCAAUUUAGCCUUUGCAAGAGAUUGAAAGCACUCAAAGGCGCGCGUAAGGCUUUCAACACGCAACACUACAGCCACAUCUCCUUUAGGGUGAAAGAGGCUGAACUUACCCUGCAAGUUGCCCAGAAUCAACUUGAAUCCAAUUCGGGAGAUGUGGCGCUACGGGACUCUUUGGGUGCUCCUAGGAAGAAGGCCGAUUUCCUUGCCGAGGCCGAACGACAUUUCUUCUACCAGAAGGCCAAGAUCCACCAUCUUAAAGAGGGGGACCGCAACACCAAAUUCUUCCACAACAUGGUGAUGAGGAAUGUCGCUAGGAAUUCCAUCGGAGCAGUCAUUAGAGCGGAUGAGACUGUUAUCACUACCGCCGAGGAUAUUUCCCAAGAGUUCGUUGACUACUACACAUCACUCUUGGGCACCGAGGCUCAAAUCCUCCCUGUCGAUGAUGGUGUGUUUGAAUGGGGCCCCAUACUCUCUCCCGAGCAGACCGCGGACCUUUGUCGGGCAGUCACACCGUUGGAGGUCAAGGAGGCCAUCUUCCACAUUAGCGACAACAAAGCUCCCGGCCCAGACGGAUAUUCCUCGUGCUUUUUCAAGAAAGCAUGGAACAUUGUGGGUGAUCAAGUUUGCAGGGCCGUCCUGGAUUUCUUUAGGAGUGGGCGGAUGCUACGGCAGCUCAACCACACUAUCAUUGCCCUUGUGCCGAAAUCAGAUCAUUCCACCUCUGUUGCGGAUUACCGGCUGAUUUCGUGCUGCAAUGUGAUCUACAAUGCCAUCACAAAAAUCAUCUCGGACCGGCUAGCGCCUGUUUUGGAGCACCUGAUUGACCGAUGCCAAGCAGCGUUCGUUGGAGGCUGCAAUAUCACUGACAAUAUUUUCUUGGCCCAAGAAAUGGUGCGGCAGUACUCGAGGAAAUGA